GGGCUCCUAGGAAAAAAACAGCAAAGGAGUGGGGGAUGAAGGACAGGGAAUGGGAAGAAGCCAAGCAAGAGCGUGAUUUCAGAAGUCCUACAGUCAGCCUGAUCACACCGGAAGCUCUAGAACAAAGAACACACCUCGGAGUUUUUCCUGCCUCAAACACAAAGGAGCUGGGCUUUGGUGCUCUACAUCUGCCUGUCUUUGGCUAUCCAGGAUUGUGGAAUGAGCUCCUGAACUUUUCUUCCUUUCGUCAUGCUCUGAGCCCAUUCCUUGAAAACUAACCGGUCCCUGACUCCUGGUCUGCAGUCAUCCUGGGCCCACUGAGCUCUGAUCCAAGUGCCUGCCUUUGCCCCCGGUGGCCUGAAGCUUCAUGGAGGUAUCCUCCAGCUCCUCCUCCAACAUUGACCCAGUCAACUAUAUUGAAACAAAUGAUUCAAUCAUCCACCUACCCUCUAAAGUAGUGAUAGAAGAUAUUACUAUGGAGCUACACUGCCCACUGUGCAAUGAUUGGUUUUGUGACCCACUGAUGCUAAGCUGUGGCCACAACUUCUGUCAAGCCUGUAUCCAAAACUUUUGGAGGCUGCAAGCAAAGGAAACAUUCUGUCCUGUGUGUAAGAUGCUAUGUCAGUAUAGCAACUGUACAUUCAACCUUGUACUGGACAGGUUGGCAGACAAGAUUAAGAACUUACCCCUACUCAAGGGCCAUCCGCAGUGCCCAGAGCAUGGAGAGAACCUGAAAUUGUUCAGUAAACCAGAUGGGAGACUGAUCUGCUUUCAAUGCAAGGAUGCUCGGUUGUCUGUGGGGCAGUCUACGGAGUUCCUGCAAAUCUCUGAUGCUGUCCGUUUCUUCACGGAGGAGCUUGCCACCCAACAGAGUCAACUGGAGGCAACUCUGAAGGAGCUUCAGUCCCUGAGGAAGAAGCAGAAGGAAGCUAUUGCUGCUUAUAAGGAAAACAAGCUAUAUCUGCAGCAACAUGUGUCCACGGAGUUUCUAAAGCUGCAUCAGUUCCUAGACAGCAAAGAAGAGGAUAUUUUAACUGAACUCCAGGAAGAGGGUAAAGCCUUGAAUGAGGAGAUGGAGCUGAAUCUGAGCCACCUUCAGGAGCAAUGUGUCCUAGCCAAGGAUAUGUUGAUGAGCGUUCAGGCAAAGAUGGAACAACAGAACUCCUUCAACUUUCUCAAAGACAUCGUACCUCUCUUAGAUAGCUUGAAGCAAGGAAUGACAUUGCUGGCAACAAGAGAGCUUAUUUCCAGAAAUCUGAACCUGGGCCAGUACAAAGGUCCUAUCCAGUACAUGGCAUGGAGGGAAAUGCAGGACACUCUCUCUCCAGGCCUAUCUCCACUAACCCUGGACCCUAAAACAGCUCACCCAAAUCUGGUGCUCUCCAAAAGCCAGACCAGUGUGUGGCAUGGUGACAUUAAGAAGGAAAUGCCUGAUGAUCCAGAGAGGUUUGACUCAAGUGUGGCUGUGCUGGGCUCAAGAGGCUUCACAUCUGGAAAGUGGUACUGGGAAGUAGAAGUAGCAAAAAAGACAAAAUGGACAAUUGGAGUUGUCAGAGAAUCCAUCGUUCGGAAGGGCUGCUGUCCUCUAACUCCUGAGCAAGGAUUCUGGCUUUUAAGACUAAGGAACCAAACUGAUCUAAAGGCUCUGGAUUUGCCUUCUUGCAGUCUGACACUGACUAACAACCUUGAUAAGGUGGGCAUAUACCUAGAUUAUGAAGGAGGGCAGGUGUCCUUCUACAAUGCUAAAACCAUGACCCACAUUUAUACCUUUAGUAACACUUUCAAGGAAAAACUUUAUCCCUACUUCUGCCCCUGCCUUAAUGAUGGUGGAGAGAAUAAAGAACCAUUGCACAUCUUACAUCCACAGUAAUUAGUCAUACUAUUAUACAAAUUCAGAGUGUUAGUAAAGAGGUAUUGAUUGUUUUGAAUACUGAAAAAAAAAGUAAAAUAAAAAAAGAGGUAUUGAAAUAUUUUACUAGUCUCACUGGAUUCUGUUCCCAAAUUAUUGGGAACUAUAGAAUAAUGAAAAGAGGAUGCACAAAUCAAAUUCCAUUCUUUCAGUAUCCUAAAUGGAUUUCACUGGAGCCUUUCAAGAUAUUAUUCUUCUCUGGGGUCUUUUAUGACACAAGAACCACUCAUGAAAAUGAUCAUCAUGCAGCUGUUACUGGAGCAAACUGCAGCUUGAAUUUGUGAUGUUUGGGAACCCUUUUCAAAUAUGCUCUGAAAUUAUCACGCUGUCAUAUUUUCCAGCAUAAUGACCUUUAGUAGAUGUAUUCUCAGGUGUGAAC